ACAGCUGAUCAAACGUCAAUUGUCAAGAAAAUGGAGUUUUGUUACGCAUAGUAAAUUAUGAUAAAAAGUUCCAAUAUGAAGUCUAACACUAAAUCUUUUGUGACCUGCAUGGGUUAGAAUGGACCAUUCGACUCCAUUUCAACCUUGGGCCAGUGAUGAUAAUACAAAAAAUGUUAAAGCCGAUAGAGAAUUAGUGGAUGACGCGAAACUUCAUCGGGAAAAUGUCAAUCAUCCAAAACAUAGGCAAACUGCGUCUUACGAUAAAGAAAGUGUCGUUGCUCCAAUCGGUAUCCCGGGCCCAUCAACGAUUCCAGGCACUGAUAGUGCCCCGGGUGUCAAUAAAGAGUCCAUAAUGGACUCGAGCAAAAUAACUUCUAUGCAACAAAUCGUCGAGAAUACUCUCAGCCAAGAAGGUCGUCAAAGAGUAACCCAAUUGUUAGAAGCAGUAGAGGCUCUGAGUGGUGCUGAGAGACUUUUACUCUAUCUUCGUCUGCCAACAGGUGUUCCACCUCAUGAUCCUUUGAAACAACCAAUCAAUCCAUUAGGUUCACGAGCGGAACUACAACAAACUGUAACAUGGAUACAAACACACUUGGAAGUGGAUCCGGAUGUUUCUUUACCAAAGCAAGAUGUUUAUGAUGAAUAUAUAGCUCAUUGUAUGAGUAGCAACAUGAAGCCUUUGUCAACAGCUGAUUUUGGCAAGGUUAUGAAGCAAGUUUAUCCAAGUGUUCGUCCCCGUCGUCUGGGAACUCGAGGCAACUCGAGGUACUGUUACGCUGGUCUUCGUAAGAAAAUCAAGCUGGAAGUGCCACAGUUACCUGUAUUAGGAGAAUCAUCAAAAGAACCAACAGUUGCUCCUAGAGAAACUGAAAGAGUUGUUUGUGAAUGGGCUGAAAGCAAACUUGGUAUAAAAUUCGGAAGCAUAGGGGAACUGUCGCGCCACUUGGCGACAGCUGGCCAGCAGAGAGCGCCGCCCGGGCCCGCCAGCGCCUCCCCGCCGCCCUUGCCACAUGCCCCUGCAGAAGAACCCUCCGGGCGUCAAUUGAUAAAGCAGUUAAAGCGAAAAUUACAGACGCAGGGCACACCGGGUCGACCAAAGAAGAACAAAAGCCAAGAGAUCAGCGGAGAGUCUCCCCCGUCUACUUCAUACGUAAGUCAACAUGCUCCAGUCAAACACGAAAGCGAAAUGGUUUCUGAAGCGGGCUACGGAUACCAGCCUCCCUACAUGCCCGUGUACGACGUGCGGCCGCCCUUCCCGCCCUACGGCGCACCCCCGCGCGCGCACCCCCCGCACCCGCCGCACCCCCCGCACAUGGCGCCCUCGCCGCAUCCCAUGGCCGUACACGAGUAUCGACCAGACCCUUAUGUCUUCGAGCCGCCCUACGCUCCACGCGACCUCACCUUGCCCACCGACACCACGCAUAAUUUGCCCAUUAACCUAAGCAGCGACGCAUCACUAGAUCUAUCUACCGAACGUACUGAAUUACAACGACGUCGACCUCCGGAGCCUCCGCCGGCGCGUCUCCCGCUGCCCGGCAAGAAACUCAUCCUCGAGACGUACCAGAGCGAGACGCAGGCCGGCUCUCCCCGCUCCGCGCACUUGGACACGCGCGCCGCGCACCACGUCACCGAGGAGUUCCCCAGAACGGAAUACUUACCUAAAAAGAUGAGAGCCGCGGAAAUAAUGGGCGGCAAGCUGGCGGCCGCCAGGCAGGCCUUGUCUUCCGCCGAAACGUCCACGUCGUCGGUCAUCACCGAAACAGCUCGUUCCGAGGUCGGUUUUUUAGAGGAUCCAAAAAACUUAACGAGCCGGUCCAAAAGCACCGCCGCGGCGCUGGCUCGGGAGGAACAGGAGGCGGCGAGUCCGACGCGGUCGGUGAAAGCUCUGACGCCUAAGUGCGAACGCCCCAAACUACGCAAACCAUACUGUCGAACGAAGGCAUCUUCCCCCGAUAAAAUAGACUUACCCGAGCGAACGGCUACGCCCGACACCUGUUGCGGCCUGGUCGAGAUCAAUAUCAAAACUGGCAUGAUAUGCGAGGAGAAACAUUCUGAAAUUUUGAAUAGAGAACGAGUUAUUAGCAUAUGUAAUAUAGAUAAACAUGAUCUAGAUGAUUACCUUAACGAAGGCAACAGUCAAGAACACGAAGAGGAACUGUUGCAGUACUUCAACCACCGCGAGACGGAGCAAGAGGCACCGGCGCAAGCGAACACUAAUCUUAAUGCGCCGCCUUUUUUAGAAACAAGCCAAGACCCGCACGACGAACACAGCCAAGGAAAAAAUGAGAAGUUAUCACAGUUGCGAGAGUUAUUAGCUAAAAAUUUAAAAAGUCAAAAUGGGUCACAAAGCGUUGCAAUAAAUCAAGAUGUUCAUUUGCCGUUAGAAACGUCUCAGGAAAUGGCGGAUAAAUCAAAUGCAUCAGUAGCCGAAGGAGCCUUUAAACCUGUCUUAGGAGCAAACGUAGUGGAUUUGAUGAAUGGUUCAACUUUAUCAGACCCGGGAGAAAUAAGUAGUAAUAACAAACAUUGUAAUUCGAACUCGAAUGGUAAUGGUUCUUGUGUACCUUUACCAACUGACGCGCCGAAUCAAUUGAUAACAAACAUGUCCGGAGGAUCUCAUUUGUAUAACGGCAACUGCCAUGAACCGCAGAGUCCUACCACUAGAACGCAACAGUAUGAAUUUGUCCCUAUUUCGGAUGCGUGUCAUUCUCCUGGCAAUUUUCAUUGCAAAUCUCCGCUAGGAUUUAACGACAGAGGUCACAGUCCUACAAAGAUUAACAAAUCUGUUAUAAUGGGCGGGUCUCUUCAAACGUCGCCGAUCUCGCACAGUACUGCCGCCAGCCCAUUCGUAAGUCCUAGGAAUACUCCUGUGCCUAGAUCAAGACUUUGCUCUCGACCAACACCUAAAUUAAACGGCAGGAAAAGGCGAAAUCCAUUAUCUCUCGGCAUGAAUGAUUCGGGUUCUAAACAGUUUGCGGUGCCCAAUGACCAAAAGUUUAUGUCCAAAUCGACAGUUUGCAAUUCUAUCAAAUAUUGCCAGCCUAUGUCAGCCCCGCCAUCGCCUAAUAUAAUCACUCAGUAUAAAAAUCAAAUGCUUCAAAAUACUCCCUUUAUGCAGAACGGUACGAACCACGUGUGUUUAAAUUUUGUUCCCAACUCACUGUUUCGGGAAAAUAUAAACGGAGAUUUAGCCCAACCGUUAUCUGCCGAUCCGUUAUCACGGGAAGUAAGUCAAUUCUUUCAGGAGCCGGUGAGCUAUGGUAUGGGUCUCGACACUUCUUAUCGGUCUCAAUCAGUGCCCCUGAAGCCCGGAAUGAAUAACAUCAGCCUUUUGAGCUACAAUAAUACUCCAGUAGGCUCUGUUCCUCCCACACCGGUACCAAACGAGUUUAGUGAUUUCGGGUCGCUCGCCGAUACGUGUGACAUAUCAAAGGCCGGUCUGAAUUCAGAAACUUUAGACAAGAUUUAUGACGCGAUAGAUAGUAGUAACGAUGUACUUAACACUGGUGCCGCACCGAAUCUUUUGAAUUCCAACGAUGCUUUAACCAACGGUUGUGACUCUAUACCUGAACAACAAAUUCUAACCGAUGAACAAUUGAAUCCGUUUAUUCCAACGGGCAAUGAAUUGCUAGACAGAAAUAGUCAAUUCAAUCACUCCUUUGGUAACGAAGAUGCGGGAACGGAUAAUGUAGAUGAGUUUUUGAAAAGAACUAAUAGUAUAGAAUUAGAUCUAUCGGACCUCGUACCGGACAAAAGCAAGUACUACACGUCGCGGUCUGUGCCGAGCACGCCCUUGCCGUACAAGCGCACAGCGCCCAAUCUGCAGAUCGAUUCGCGACGCUCGCGGGAAUUGUUCUCAACGGACAAUUAUUCUAAUAUAUCGAACGGCAUAUCGUCAAAAUCCGUACCUUCAACUCCGCAACUCGCUGAAGAUAGAAGCGUGUUUAGUUACAGCAACAGAGAUUUUCUUAUCAAUGGUAAUUCCGUCGAAGUGUGCGGCUCAACUCAAAUACAAAGUAUGGUAGAUAAUGAUCAGGGUCUUACGUCGCCCUUAGAUAUGCUACGCGAAGAUAUACUAGCGCCGCUAACUUCGUCAGAUUUGUUGGCGGAUCUCGAUAAAAUGGAUGGAACUCCAUACGUCGACCUCUAGUAGACCGUUUUAAUAACCUUAUGUUUCAAUUUGUACAGAUAUCACUUAGUAAUGUAAUGGAUAUCUUUUCGAAGUACAAUAUUAUUUUUAUGCCUUCAGUGAAGGUCAACAUUUUAUUUGUACAUUUGUGUAUCAUAGCUUAAAAGUAAAAUAUGGAUCGCACACUCCCUGAUAUUCGAGUCAAUACAAUGCACCAUAUUAUUGUGAUAACUGAUUGCUAUAAAAUUGUCGAUAUCUCCAUUCAACAUACUAUACCAUGUUGCCAUAGACAUUUUACAUAUUGUGACUUUUGUGUCUUAUUUCAUUCAAUUUCUUCGUCAAUUUUAUGUAUUUUUAAAUGUUAUAUACGAUAGAAUUUGUGUUAAAAUAAAUUGAUAUGUACUUCAUGACAAUAUGACAUCGAAAUUUUGAUAUGUACUUUAUAUAUAGGGUGAUGCAAUCAAUUUUAAUUGUCUAUACAUAAGUAAGGUAUUCCAUGAAGUGGAUAUAGCUGAAGCUAUAUUGCACGUGACAGACCAACCCGGCGUGCCAAGCGCGCCAAUAAUCGUAAUCGGUUUUUAAAGUAAAGAUAGUAUAUAGUUUAUUAUAAAUGAAUUUAUUGUAAGUUAGCACAAAGAUUUAAUAUAUUUUAUUAUCGCAUAGGAGUUUUACUCUUAUAUACUAAAUUUACAAUUGCUACAUUUAAUGUGGUAUGAAUUUUUAAAUGUGCCGUUAUAAUGGUUGCAGUGAGCUUAUCGAUUGACGAUGGAAUCCAUUUGUUACGAAUUAAAUUUUAGAUUCCAAUGCCAGGCCGACCUACGACCAUAUGUUUUUAUCUCAAAACUGAAGCCAUUAUAAUGAAAUCCAGAGAAUUUGAAAAUAAAAUAAAAAUGAUGUCCCAAACUUGUCAAGUUAAUACUAUAUCUUAUAUCAAUGUCCCAAUUUAUGUGUUAAAUACAAAUUGUCGAUCGCACAUUUGUGAUUAAUUUGUCUUGGUGAUAAAAGAAUAACAGACGAAAAAAUUUAAAUUUUUAAAUAACAACGAUACGCGAUGAUGAUAAUCUUGUGGAUCGGCUUUUAGAGAGGGACCACUCCGAUAAUUUCGAUUUCGUAUUGCGCCAUCUCUGUCACACACGUCAUGCUUUGUGCGACAGAGACAAUGCUCUACAAAAUCUAAAGUAGCGGGUUGUCUUUACAAAUAACGAUAUGCAAUUUUAUGGUUGCGUUUAUGUCGUGAAAUAUUCGAGAUCAAUCUGCGUUAAAGAAAAUUAAAUGUAUGCAAAUAGAUCAUUAUUGAAUAAUGAAUGUUAGGUAAUUAUCAUAGAACUAAAACAUGUUGCUUGUAUCAAAAUAUAUUUUUAAAUGUGUCAGUGCUCAUAAACUACACAAUAGUACACAUUAGGAUAAUUGAUAAACUGAAUAAAAAGUCAUCGGUACAGUGCAGACCAAAAGGAGAUAUCAAAAACAUAACAUUGUCCAUAGAAUUAGGUGGUUUAAGUUCUUUAGAGAUUUUAUAAGAAUAUAGUUGAUAUGACCAAUAUUUUAUCUUAUUACAAUACCAAUUUAAUUACAAUAACCUGCGAGAUUUCGACUAAUUAGUACGAAUCCUAACGAUCCACGUGUACACUUUCAUUUGCUCUCCCUGUUUUUUUAUUAAAGGCUGGAAACAAAGUCUGCUAUUUUUUAUCUGGUUUUUGCAACCCAAUUGUUACUUGAGAUGUCUUAUGCCUCCUCAUACACAAACUUUUUUCCAAUGUUCCCGUCCGGCACAAGCAUGUGUUAGUGGUCAAUUGGUGUCCAGUUAUUAAGUGUGUCAGACAGUUCCCUCCCAAAUAAUCCUCUGUAUUGUCACAAAAUAACCGCUAAUAGAGUAUAAUAAUGUUUUUAAAUAGAAUUUAUAUUUUAAUCCACACUUUAUAAUUGAUUAAUGUAAUUUCAUUAAUAUAAAUUCUGUCGGAUUUUACCAAUUAUUUAUUGUUUAUAAAAUGCAAUUUAUUACAUUAGUUUUCUGCAAAUUUGUAUCCGGUAUUCUCUAGCACCUUGGGACCAAAAUAUAUCUGUCAAAUUCAGUUUUUAUUUUUUGGUCCCAGGCUUCUUUUUUUAAUAUUAGUAUGAUAAUAUUGUAUUUUAUUAAUUCUUAGAUUUAAUACUAAUUUCUAUCUGAUUUUUAUAUGUUAUUUUUCGAAACAACAAUUCAUUUCGACUGGAACGUGGCUAGAUAUUUGAAUACGGUAAUACCUUUAAAACGGUAAAGCCCGCUAUGCACCUAUAGUUUUAACUGGACCGUUUUAGUAUUGUACAGUUAAAACUUACUCGUGUAGGAAAAACUGAAAACUGUAAAGUUUCACUGACAGUUAAAAAUUUUCCGACACACUUGAGUUGUAUCUGUACAUUCAGACUGUUCAGUUGAAACUGAAUGUGUUUAACGGAUUUUAUAUGAGUUGUAAGCACUAGUACAAAACACAUUGACUUGACAGGGAUAUUGCAUACAUUUAAGUGAAACCGAAGACUGUUGUAAACUUUGUAGAUAUUUUCACCGCGUAAUGAAUUUUGAAAAUAUAUCGGUCAAGCGGCGGUACGCAGUCGAUCCGUAAAGCGAUACGUUUAUUGCGAUUUGGUGCAACCAACCAAAACAUUUGUACCUAAUUAUUGUAAAUGUACAUUGUUAUAGUUGUUAGUGUAAAUAUAUAUUUUUUUGUAUUCCACAUUAUAUCAUGAAUGUCAUCGUAACAUCCGUCAUACGUCUAAUUUUGUACAAUUAAGUAUAAUACUACAAAAUAUAUUAUUAAUUGGCUGGAAAAACAUUACACGCAAAUAAAACUAGGCCUAAAAUUUCAUGUAACAUUAUCCAUUUACUUGUUUUUACAUCACCAAUAAAAAAAAUAGAUCGCUAGUUCAACUGAUUUCUCAUAACCUAUUGUCUUUAAUCUCAUCUGUGUAAUAAACAAUCGCACACACAACUUUUACGUGUGUUUCGCAACGUAAUAAUAAAUAUUCAACGUAAUAAUUUCAAAUCACUUAAGUUUAGCAAUGCAUGCUUUCGUCUUUAAAUGUUCUUCGUGUGAAUAUUUUAUAGUUAAUAGGAAGAAAUUGUAGAUGUUUCUUGUUCGAUGUGAUGACUAAUUAGAUCAGUGAGAAAAUUACACAUGUAACGUAUUUCAGUUUAUUUUAAAAAAUCGUAUCAAAGAACCUAAAUACUCUUAUUCAUUUAGCGGAUGCGGUCAGAAAAUCGUUGUUAUGCAAUUUUUUGCGACAAUGUCCGCUAAUGUGUAGGGCCCUUUAUUCUUCAAACAUACCCUGUGGUUUUUUACAUUUUUUUUAUAUAGUUCUUUUUCAAAGCAAUGCUUUCCUUAUUGUGCAUUAUUGAAUAUAAUUCUAUUUACUGUUCAAACUAAACAGUAAAAAUAUUUUUAAUAUAGUGUUUAUAUUUUUGUUUUUAAUUUGAAUAUGCCGUGUCUCAAAGAUAUCGGUUUGUAUGUAAAAUAGCCAUAUUAUGUAUCAUUAAAACCAGUACUUUGUUAUUGUCUUUGUUGUAUAAACUAUUAUUUGUAAGUGAAUUUUAUUGUUACGAUGCCUGGUAUCAAUGGAUUUAGUAUAUAGAUGUUUUUAAACAGGACUAGCUAGGUAAUAUUUAACUUGAAAAAGUGACUCAAGUUUUCGUCUAAUUUUAUACCGACUUGUCCCGACAUUGACUAUUAUCAAAGACAGAUUAGAUAUGUUUUGAUUUAUAGCUGAUAUUUGAAUAUAAUUAUCAGUCAUAUGAUGGAGAUUUACAAAAA